AGUGAAAAUAUUUGUCUGUAAACCCUGAGGCUAAGCUGAUAGCACUGAUCAAAUCAGUGUGGAAACAGUUAGAGCCGUGGCUGGUUGAUGCCUCAGCCCGGGGUCCUUAUCCUGGAAUGCGGGGUCAGGAAAUGCACCUUUAGCCCUCCCCGGGCCGCUCUCCCCAGCCCGGGCCCUUAUCGGGGCUCCCCGCCCCGCCCGGCGCCCUUUGAAAGGGCGACUCAGAGCCCGGAGCACCGGCGGGAAGCGGCAGAGCCUUCCCGGGGCCGCCCAGGACGGGAAUCCAGGGAUAAUAACCCCGGGAUAAUAACCCCGGGAUCCCCCUCCAGCAGCGAGGUGCUGUUACCAGCUGCUCACUGCACCAUGAGCUCCCCCAUCCCUGCCCAGCACCCAGCAGCUGAGAAUGCCUGCAGGAUCACUCUGGGACAAGCUCACCAGGUGAGACCCAAACUGCCACUCCUGAGGAUUCUGCAGGCAGCAGGAGCCCAAGGAGACACCUUCACACUCAAGGAGGUGAUGCAUUACCUGGGCCAGUACAUCAUGGUGAGGCAGCUCUAUGACAAAAGGCAGCAGCACAUGGUCUAUUGUGGAGGAGAUCAGCUGGGAGAGCUGCUGGGCCUGGAGAGCUUCUCUGUAAAAGAUCCAAGCCCCCUGUAUGACAUGUUGAAAUGGAACCUGACGGCGGCUGCACUCACAGAUGCUGCACAGACUCUCCCAAAGGAGCAGAGCGUCGAUAAGCCAAGCCAAGACCAGCUGAAGUUUAGCCAGGAAGAAGGUUCUGAUGCUGGGACCACGGAGGGGGAGGAGAGCAAGGCCUCUGCUUUGUCUACCUCGGAGCAGAACUGUGACACUUGUGAAGACAAAGACUUAAUAGAAAACCUCUCUAAAAGCAAGAAGCCUAAGCUGGACCUAGUGUUUGAGGAAUGGGAUGUAGCUGGUCUUCCAUGGUGGUUUUUAGGCAACCUCAGAAGCAAUUACGAGUCCAGAAGUAAUGGAUCAACAGAUAUUCAGACUAACCAGGACAUUGACACUGCCAUUGUUUCGGAUACUACUGAUGACCUGUGGUUCCUCAACGAGUGCCCCUUGGACCAGGGCAGUGCUGGGCUCAAGGUGAACGUGUUUGACUGUGAGGAAGUGAAAGAAGGUGACACAAAGGUGCCUGAGCAUGUGUGUCUGAAUGACUUGGAGGACUCUCAGUGCUUAAGUGAUGACACAGACACAGAAGGUGCCUCUGAGGACUGCUGGCAAUGCAGCAAGUGCAAGAAGUUCAACUCCCUGGGCAAACGGUACUGCUACCGCUGCUGGGCCCUGCGCAAGGGCUGGUACUCAGACUGGCCCAAACUGGCCCACUCCCUCUCCCUGUCCAGCAUUGCUACCAUGAAAAACAAGGAGGAGGAAGAGGAGGACGAGGGGAUAGAUGUCCCAGACUGCAAAAGGACCAUGUCGGCCCCGGCUGGGCAGCCCAGCCGCGUGUUCGUGGUGGAACCCAAACCCCCAUCCUGCAGCUCCAUCGAGUCCCUGGACCUGGCACAGGCUUGUGAGAGCAAAGAGUCUCUGCUGAGCUUCUCUGAGAGUAAAAAGGAGGAAGAAAUCGAGUCUCUGGAGAGUAUAAAAACGCUGCUGAGCCCCUGCUGCCUGUGCCAGCUGAGGCCCCGCGACGGGAACAUCGUCCACGGCAGGACCGCUCACCUCGUGGCCUGUUUCAGGUGUGCAAAGAUGCUGAAGAAAAGGAGAUCCCCCUGCCCAGUGUGCAGGAAGGAGAUCGAGAUGGUCAUCAGGAUCUUCAUGGGGUAGUUGGGCCGCUCCAGGCCUUUCUCCUCCAAAAAGGAGCCAGCAGGUUUCUUGCACUUAAGCCCCCCCCCGGUUUCAGAUCUCAGCCAACGAAAGCCAAAGAGAAUUAAGAUUCCAGUCUGCCCCAGCAGGCUGAGGAAUCUCUGCAGCGUCCACCUUUCCAUGCCCCUGGAAAUGAAAGCCUGCAGGGAACAGGGAGGGACACGCUGGGGUAGAUGCCUCAGCCUGGAAACGGCCAAAAUCUUCCCCUUUCAGCUCAGAGGUGUCCCUGGGAUUGUCUGUCCUGACAGCUGGUCCUUGGAGAAAACAAGGGUUGGGAAGAGUUGUAACUUCUGGAGUGUUGUUCUCCAGGAAGUCAGAGCUGUGCAAUCAAUGCCUUCUGAGGAGGGGUGUGAUCUGAGAUGGAAAUAGAGAUGAAUACUGAGGGGUGGGAAGGAUGGGAUUCUGAGGUGUUUGCAGCUUAGCUAGGCCUUUUCUCCAAGGACCAGCUCUCCUGAGGGCAGUGCAAAGGAAAUAACCCCGUUUCUGAUUUUUUUUGGUUGAUUUUUAAGGUAGGAUUUUUAGGCAAGGUGAAGGUCCUCUUGCUCCCAGACAGGAAACAAAUCCUCCCAGACUCUUAAUCCAUAAUUAUCUCAGCUCACAGAGAGAAUAUAGGGUAACAUUUUGCUUUCUUAUUGGCUCAUUUAAUUUACAUUGAUUCCUUUUUUCAUUUAAAUAUAUUUUCUGUCACCUUGCAUAGCUUUGAAGCCUGUCCAGCAUUAGCUCAGCCUCUGCUCUGCCAGUUGGAUUCGAUUCCAACAGCUCUGUGCCUGGUUUGGGAUGUUCCCAAUGCACCUUCCACUUGCCUCAUCUGAUCAGUCUGCCCAGAAUAUACUCAAUUUUGAGUGCAGUGUGGCCUUAAAUACAGGACAUGAGCCUUUGAGGAGGAAAAAAAUGACUCUUUUAAAGCACCAGUUGCACUCUGGGGGCUGUGCUGGGUGUCAGGUUUUUAAUUAAAAAAUUACUUAAUUAAUCAAAGGGGGCUCUUUUUUUGCCCCCUCCCUGUGAUUUAACACUCCAGCUCUGUCCUUCAGAGCUGGGCAUGGUCGCUGCUGGCUGCCAAAACUUAGUUAACACUCACAAUUUAACAAAAAUCUCACCCUUUCCUGUGGUGACAUCCAGGAUUGUGCGUGAUUCCCUCAGCUCUCCUGUUUUCCAGGCUUUUUUGGAGGACCAACAGAACCUUCACCUUUCAACUCUCCAGCAAUUAGAGCUCAGUGCAAUGUAGAACAAACCCUGUUUGUUGUCACCUCUAAUUCCCUCUCUAACCCAGGGAGUGCUCAUGGAAACACAGCAAGAGAAGUUCCUGCUCAUUCCCUGGUGCUUCCUUAGGCUCUUCCUCCCUGUUUUCCCUCUCUCCACGUGCUGGUCCAGCCCCAGCAGGUGCAGGGGGGGCAGUGGGAGCCCCCAAACCUGCCCAGCAGAAGGUUCCAGCAAACCCUGAUGUCAGAGCUGGUGUUUCUGUGC